AUGUCCACGACCGAAUCCCAAACGGUGCUGAUUUCGGGUGCCGGACCUUGUGGCCUUGUCACAGCCCUAUCCCUUGUUCAAAAUGGAAUUUCUGUGCGAGUAGUCGAUAAAAUUUCCAAAUUUCAAGUGGGGCAACGUGGUGCAGCGCUCUCUCCGCGAACGUUGGAACAUUACAAACUUCUGGGGGUCCUAGAAGACAUACAGAAGGCCGGCCCCAUAAUGCAUUCGUUGAUUUUAUAUGACGAAGACGGGGUCACGCACAAGAGGGAAAUGCCCAUGUUCCCGGUUGAAGACAAUACGCCAGCCAAUCCUUACGGUAAUGUUCUGAUCAUCGGCCAGGACCGUCAUGAAGCCAUUCUCCGACAACAUUUGGCCAAGUACGAUGUCCACGUUGAGCUCGGUACUGAACUUCUAUCGUUUGAGCAAUCGGAAGACCAUGUCACAGCGACGCUUUCCAAGACGGUCGACGGAAAGAAGAUAGAGGAAACAGCGGAAUUCAAAUGGCUGGUUGGUGCCGACGGUGCUUCUAGCAUGGUACGAAAAACCCUGGGUUUGAGUUUCCUGGGCGAAUCCCGGCAAGCAGAGAACUUUGUCAUCGGCGACAUCUACGUUAAGGAUCUAGAGAAGAAACUGGACCGGAAGAUCUGGCACGUAUGGGGUGACGCUUCGAAAAAGAUGGCGAGUCUGCGGCCCUAUGAGAUCCCCAAUGACGAUAGGUGUUACUACCUUGGUGGUGGUGUUGAAGCCGAUCCCGAUUUAAUGGUAUCCAGUCGAGAAGAGUUCAUCAAAUCUUUCUACGAAAUCAGUGGUCGUACAGACAUCGACUUUGGUGACCUCAUCUAUCUGCGACCCUAUAGACCAAACGUUCGUAUGGUAGAUAAAUUCGGCUGUGGACGAGUCUAUGUUGCCGGAGAUGCUUCUCAUGUUCACAGUCCCACCGGAGCCCAAGGCAUGAACACUGGUGUACAAGAUUGUCUGAAUUUAGCAUGGAAGUUGGCCAUGACAGAGAAAGGUCUUGCUUCCAAGGCGCUUCUCGACUCUUACACCCAUGAGCGCCUGCCCGUCGUUGCUUCCAUGCUCGACAAGACCUCUGCACUUCUCCACAAGACGUUCGCGCGCACGCCAGAUAACUUCGAUGGUUGGAAGCGAGGCUACGAGUUGCGCCAAUUCGGUGUCAACUACCGCGGAAGUCCCAUUAUUGUCGAUGAAACACAAGCCGACUGCAGUGAGGAGGUCGAUCCCUACCGUUCCGGAAACGAUGGUACCGUUCGAGGUGGGGACCGUGCUCCCGACGCUCCGGGGCUGAUAUCGCUUGGGCAGCCAGCAGACAAGUACUCGUCCACGCUGUUCGAUGUGUUUGGAGCUACUCACCACACCCUCCUUCUCUUCUCUAAUGAAAAGGAGAAGCAGACCGCUAUCCUUGACUCUGUCAAGCAGUAUCCAACGCACAUAUUAAAGCGUGUCGUCAUUCUUUCGGAGAACACUGAAGUCAAAUCCAGCGAUCUUCCCGCCGAGCUUGUAUUCAAGGACAAAGACGGAUAUGCUUACCAGAACUACGCGAUCAAGAGCAGGGAUUUGGACACCAUAAUCGUCCGGCCGGAUGGUGUUAUUGGUGCUCUGGUCAACGGGGUAGUCGGUCUGAAGGCUUACUUUGACGUGGUAUUUUCCUCCGAUGCAGAGAAAGUGGCGGCAUCGCUGAUGGCUUUGACUGUGUAA